CUCUGUAUCCGAGUUCUUCAGAGAGAGUCAGACUUCUGCAAAGGCGCACUCGACACAAGUUGAAAGUAUUUAACCACAGUACUGCUUGCUCUUGUUUUAGACUGCUCCGCGGAGGACUCGCAUGCGCACUUCGGAUGAUGUUCGGUUUACUAUUUCUGCUCGUCACCGGCGUCGGGCUGGUGGCGCCCCUCAAUGUGCUCGUGGUCAGCACCGUCUCCUCGCCCAGCCACCACAUCUGGGUUAGCAGGUUGACGGACGGACUGUUAGCCAAAGGCCACCACGUGACCGAGCUCGUACUCCGUCCACCUGAAAAGCACGCCAACAAGACGAGCUUUUACAUCACGGAGAAGACGUAUGGCGAACAUCCUGGUCUGGAUUUGGAGCAAGCAGGGACGCAUACUCUGGCAGAGGAGAUACCAUUCUUCUACCACUUCUGUGAGGAAUCAAUCAACGUGAUCCUGCAAUCAAGUGCUUUCCAAAGUUUGGUGCAACAUCUGAAAAGAGACAAACCUCACUUCGACGUUUUCCUGAUCGAUUAUGUCAUGGCAGAGCCACUACUUGCGUUGGGCACGCUUGUGAAUCGACCGCCUGUGGUAGCGUUAACUGCCUUCAACCUCCCAGAAGAUAUUAUGGAACUCAUGGGAAGUCCAUACUUCGCAUCCCUCCUGCCCUACAUGGGCGUGGGGGCGCACGGUGGAACACCUAUGGACUUUGGCGAGCGAGUCUACAAUUUUGUCAAAUGGGUCAUGUACAAAGCGUACAUUUAUUGGUCUUACCGACCAUUCAUCGAAAACACAAUUACUACGACGUUCCCAAACUCACCACCUCUCUCAGCGCUCUUGGAGAACGUUUCCGUGUCCCUAGUCAACACAGUACCCGCGCUGCAUGGCGCUAUGCCCCUGGUGCCCGGUGUCGUGGAGGUUGGCGGUCUCCAGAUUCGACCCGCCAAACAGCUCCCUGACGACAUCUUGGCCUGGGUAGACAAGAAGGCAGCGCCUCAUGGAUUCAUAUUCAUGUCCUUUGGCACAAACGUCAGGUCGGCUAACCUUGCCAAGGACCGACGCGAUGCAAUUCUGCGAGCGUUCUCUCGUGUGAAACAGCGUGUGCUUUGGAAGUACGAAGACGACGACAUCAUGGACAAAUUGCCGCCAAAUGUACGGGUGGCCAAGUGGCUCCCGCAAAAUGACCUUUUAGGCCACCCGAACAUCCGCUGCUUCGUGUCCCACAAUGGUGGACUCAGUACUCAGGAGGCGAGCUACCACGGCGUUCCCAUCCUCGGAGUGCCGUUCUUCGUCGACCAGACGGCUUAUGCUGAGAAGGUCGAACGAACCGGUUUGGGUCGGCGCCUGCAGUACAAACACAUCACCGAGGAGAGGUUUUAUGAAGCGCUCACCGACGUCCUGGAGAACCCAAGGUAUCGAGAGAACAUCCGACGCGUCGGGGCUGCGCUGAAGGACCAGAAGGAGACGCCGCUGGAGCGGGCCGUGUGGUGGGUGGAGUACGUGGCGCGCACUGGCGGUGCCCCGCACCUGCGCGCGCCCAGCCGCCAGCUGCACUGGUACCAGGUCUUCAUGCUGGACGUGAUCGCCGUCCUGGCUGCCGCGCUGCUGCUCUGUUCGUGGCUUGCGUUCCGAUCUCUCUCACUCAUCGUGUCGGCGUUGCCUUCCUCCGGCAAGAAAACACAUAAAGACUGAGCACUGCGUGACGCAUGCAACCGGAACACUGACGUCUACGGCAGCCGAGUAUUGGCAAAUGCCUGACUUAUUCUUUGUUGGAAUCCUGCAAGAAAGUGUCCCUUGUCCCGUGCAGUUGCGAAGACGCAAAAACAUCCGCGGCACAAAGUCAACUACAUCUGAGUGUGCGUGUGCAAAUGGUUAAAGGUGCGCAGAGGAACCUUUGAUUUUCCAGUGAAAAGAUGACGCAUUUCAAAACUUAUGAAAAGUAUUUUUUGAGGGCUUCAUUUGCAAGACUUCUAGUGCAAAUUAGUUUCACGCUGUUGAAAAAGAGUGUUCCCGACGCUCUUUGACAUAACUUGUGUCUGAACAUCUCGGCAUAUCGGCACUAUAUAUGCCCAUGUACGGAAGCUCCACCCUUGUUGAGCAAAUUUAAGGGGAAAACUAGAAGGAGUAAACUUUUCACAAUAUUUAUACAGCCACCACCCAGCUUUCUGGUGGUGGACUGAAUUCCUAUGGUGUCCAAAUGAUUGCAACCACACCAACAACCUGUUUAAAUCCAGGUACUGGGUGACAACAGCAAGCUGUGCACGGUUGAAAAAGUUGCGUUUUUAGGACUUGAAAUUUGCCUCUGCUGGUAACACAAGGCAACCCCUCCUUGCAUAUCAGACUAAAUAUUCUAAGGCUUACACUUUGAAGCAGAGAGUUUCAAGGUAGAUUCAGUGACUUCAAGGGUCGAUAUUGAAGUUAAAAGAAUUUUUUGAACCAAAUUGUCAUUUAUUGGGUUUGAGUGAAUUCAGAAUUGUUUUGGAUUCAAUUUGGAAAUUUCGAAAUUUGAUAUCGAUGAUCUCAAUAGCUAUAUGGCUAAGAAUAGUUAUAUAGAAUACCACCUCGUUGUUCAGGGUUCGUAGUUUCGAGAAAUAUUAAAUAGUUGCAAUUCGGAUUUCUUCUUAUUUUUUUCAGAAAAAAAAGGGAAACAAUGGUAGCUGUAUAGAAACAAGCUUUUCCCAAGACUUAGGUAAUAAAAUAACUGUCAUACAGAGCUGGCUAAAAUGUUGCCUUGGUGUCACUGGGACUGUCAUCUUGCACACUGUUAUUCUUUUUUCUGUGAAGUUACGUUAUUUUUUGUAAAUUAUAAUUACAAAUAGUAUUGUAAUGUUUCGACCCCCUAAAGUUGAACCUGUAUGACAAAUUUUAUCAUUUAUCAUCACUAUUCAUAUCGCAACAUUACAACGAGAGUCGUAGAAAAGCAAUAAAAUGACAUUUAUCUUGCUCGCACACUAA